CCAACUUUCCGGUUUUGACGGACAGCACGUGUUUUUUCGUGCUGUUGUUUAUUGCAAGUGUUUCCACGUUUUACUUGUAUAGUUUAUCUGUAUAAUAAGAAAGUUUAUUAUUUAUAUUUAUUAUUGUAGUGUAUAUUUAGUUUUGCAAAACAAGUGCUUUAAAAAGCAAAAAUGGCGAAAUCACAUUCAGGCCAUAAACCACCGCGAAAGCAGGGUUUCAAUCGUUCUGGUCACAGUAUGAAUCCAGAACGAUCGACCGAGGGCUUAAAAGGUGUUGCAAAAGUACGUACAAAAGGGACAAUAAAACGUUUACAAAUGUAUCGUAAUUCAAAAGCAAAACGUGAUAAAACUGGUAAAAUAAUAAGUCCCGCGCCAUUUCAAGGACGUGUACCAUCGGGUACAAUGUCACGUGUUGAACCAUCGCAAAGAUGGUUUAGUAAUUCACGUGUAAUAACACAAAAUGCAUUGCAAAAUUUUCAAAAAGAAUUGGGAAUAGUGAGAAAAAAUCCCUAUCAAGUUAUAAUAAAACCAUCACAAUUGCCAGUGACAUUAUUGCAGGAAAAAGCGGAAAAAUCGAGAGUACAUAUUUUAGAAACAGAAAGUUAUGCAAGUGUAUUUGGUCCUAAAAAACAGAGAAAACGUCCUAAUUUAAAUAUAUCGUCAAUUGAUGAAUUAAUGAAAAAAGCUGAGGAGGAUUUUGAAAAUUAUGAAAAGAAAAAAGAUACUUGUGAUUAUGAUUUGAUACGUCCCGAUACGGGAAUGAAGGAAGCGCAAAGAGAUUGGGUAAUGGGUGCUGGACAAAGUAGACGAAUUUGGAAUGAACUUUAUAAAGUUAUUGAUUCAUCGGAUGUUGUAUUGCAGGUUCUUGACGCACGUGAUCCAAUGGGUACACGUUCGCCGCCAGUGGAAAAAUACAUAAAAACAGAAAAAGCCCAUAAACAUUUAAUUUUCAUUCUCAAUAAAGUUGAUCUCGUACCAAAUUGGGUGACACAACGUUGGGUUGCAAUUCUCUCAUCAGAAUAUCCAACAAUUGCAUUUCAUGCAUCAAUGACACAUCCCUUUGGUAAGGGUUCAUUGAUAAAUCUUCUUCGUCAAUUUAGUAAAUUACAUAUUGAUCGUAAACAAAUAAGUGUUGGUUUAAUUGGCUAUCCAAAUACUGGUAAAAGUUCAAUAAUAAAUACAUUACGUUCAAAAAAAGUUUGUAAAGUUGCACCAAUUGCUGGCGAAACAAAAGUAUGGCAAUAUGUUACAUUAAUGAAACGUAUUUAUUUAGUUGAUUGUCCCGGUGUUGUUUAUCCAUCGGCUGAAACUGAUACUGAAAAAGUUUUAAAAGGUGUUGUUCGUGUUGAAUUAAUACAAUGUCCUGAGGAUUAUAUUGGCAGUGUUCUUGAACGUGUUAAAAAUGAAUAUAUAAGGAAAACUUAUAAAAUCGAUGAAUGGACGGAUCAUGUUGAUUUUCUUGAGAAAUAUGCGCGUAGAGCUGGGAAAUUGUUGAAAAAAGGUGAACCCGAUAUAUCGACGGCGGCUAAAAUGAUAUUAAACGAUUGGCAAAGGGGUAAAUUGCCAUUUUAUGUUGUGCCUAAGGGCUUUGAGGAGCCUUUGCCAAAAAAAUUGGAUGCGGAGGAAAUUAUUGAAAAUAAUGAAACUGAGGAGACAAAAACGGAGGAGAAGAAAAAAACUGAGAAUUUAAAAGUUUUACAGGAUUUCAAAAAAAUUCGCGUUAUUCUUCCAUUUUCGCGCGAAGAUAUGAGAAAAGAUUUCGAGGAAGAGGAAGAGGAGAAGGAUGAGAAUAAUAGUUACGUUCAAACGCCUUGUGCUUCUGAUAUCGGCGAGGACAGCGAAGACGAAAAUGAAAAUGAAAACGAAAACGAAACCGAAAUUGAGAAAAUAGGAAAAAUUGAAAAGGAGAAAAAUAAUGACGAUGAUUCGGAUGCGGAUAUUAUUCCAUUUGAAGAAGAUACUUUAAAUGUAAAUGUUUACGAUUUAAUGGAAAAGGAGGAAAUUGAUUCGAGUGAUAGUGAAUUAUUUGAUGGAAAAACAAAAUCGAGUAGCGGCACUUUUGCAGUUUCGAAUGUUAAUGUAAAUGAAAAAAAUAAGAAGACAAGUAAAGAAAGACGAGCACUUGAGAGAGCGAAUAAACGAAAGAAAAUUGGUAGCAAUUUCUAUGAGGUAUCGAAUGUAAAAAAUCGUAAUCGAAAUCGAAAAGUUCCAAAAAUUACAAGAACAAAGAAAAAUUAGGUAACGUGUUCUCUUUUUUUUUAUUUUAUUUCUUGUUUUCCAGAAAAAUGAGAAAAUAAUUUAAAAUUAAAUACCGAUUAGUAGGAAAAAAAGAAAAUUUUUUCCAAAUUUGAAAUUCCCUUUUUUUUAUCAAUGGAAUUUUUUUUUUUUUUAAUUCUAAUACUAAAAUUUUUUUAAUUUUUUAUGAGAAAAAAAAUUUCGAGGAAUUUUGAAAAAAAAUUGUGACUAAUAAUUCAGAGUUUUAGGAGAUCUUUUUGAAUUUUGUAU